ACCAUCGACUUGAACGAUCACCAAUGCCCUUCUUCUCAAAACGUUCAGACAGCAUGUCCACUGACCCUACUAUCCGACAAUUCGAGAAACGUAUCGCGAGCGAGACUCGCGAAGACCAGAAGAAUCUUGAUCACACCAUCAAGGACCUCAACGCUGCAGAAAAGACCCAUCACAAGAGUAUCAAGAAUGCCGACAAGGCCCAGCAUAACCUUGACAAGGCAGUCAAGCAGGAACACAAAGCAGCCACAGGUCUGAACAAGGCUCAGCAUCACCAUGAAGAAGCCAUCGAGAACCAGCGAACAGCAGAGAAGAAUGUCAGCUUGAAGCAGAAGCACGAGGACAAGUUGGCACAGGAUCUUCAACAGCGGCGGACCACCGUCGACGAGUUCCAGCAUCGUAAGGAGCAGAACGAUCAACAACGCGAGUUGAAACUCUCGCAAAUUCAUGCGCAGGCUGCUUCGCGAGCUGGCUCUCUCGACAUGGGCUCACCGGUUACUGAGCCAGCUCCAGUUCCUGGACCGGCCGACGCAGAAGCUAGUGAUAAACCAGCGCCUAGCGCCGCCACACCUGGUUCCGCUAGUGAUAACCCAGCACCUAGCGUCGCCGCACCUAGUCCCGCUACUGCGUCCGCGUGAGGUGACAUUGGGCCUGACAAUGAUUGUAAUGUAUGAUAUAACGAAUCCCUGAUGUCCCCAGAUGACUCUUUUUUAACUAUAGUAUGACAGUUGUUAGCUUAUUGGCUCGCAGAAGUAAAUACUAUACACGUCGUUUACUUGUUCCACUUUUGUUGGUUUUAGGGUCAUAUUUUUAAUUCAUUCCUUUGUCUUGUAUCUGGAUUGUCAAUUACCACACCACAAGG